CUCCACCCUCUCACACAUGACACUGUCCACCACACGCUCAGUACAGCCUAAUACCCUUAGUCCUCACCUGCACAGUCUUCAAGCCUUCACUACUUCAGCAUCCAUACGCCUUACCCUACCACUGAAACCUCUAUGGGAGCCCCUCAUAACCGCUACUGGGCUCCGGGAAACAACAUUAACGCCUACAGUCAUCCAUAGUGUCUACUUUUUCUUCUACAUCAACAACCAGAGACCUUCAUCAUCUUUGGGAAAUUAGAAGGCUUUGAGUGACGUGUGUAGCUACUACAGGAAUUUCUCAGCAAUACACACACACUCAUCGUCAGUGGCCCCUGGAGGAGAGCAAGUCCAGCCAUCAGGUGUGGCAACGAGGGACGAUGUUGGUGACAGUGUUGUGUUGGUGGAUGCUGGUGACGGCUGUGGUGGCUUCAGACCUUCCCGUUGACGAGGCAUUUGAGUACUAUGACGAAGAGUUAAUUAUACAAAAUAAAUAUGUGACUGAGGUGAUGAAAGCAGCGACGGUGGAAGUUACAGUUGACCCACACCCAGGACGUAUUGGUGAACCUGUCUCUGUGAAGAUCAAGAUCAACAACGCUGAACAUGCUGGCGUGGUUAUGUACCGGAUUGACUUUGGUGAUGGAUCUUCUAAAGUGCGAGGUGUACUUGACGAUUCGAAGAAAGUGAAACGAUCCCAUAGGUACUCCGCCAAGGGUUCGUAUACAAUCGAAGCCAAGGUGUUGGGUUUAGGUACUCCUCGAACCCGUAAAAGGACCGUCAAUAUUACCAAACCUCCACGUCCAGACUCUCAUGAUGACUCCGUGCAAGAUAAUAAAGAGAAGAACGGCUUGUACAUCGGUCUGUUGGUGUUGGCUGCCCUGCUUCUGGUCAUCUGUUUAGUGUUGGUAGGCCUGGUUCACGGCACGACGGUCGCUAUUAUGAACGCUCGCUAGAGGAUUGAACUUUGACCUGAUAUCUGUGACCAAUGUAGCCAAAUGAGGGUCAAAUUCAUGGCUGACCUCUGACAUCACUAUCGUCAUAUGUGUGUGUCAAUUUGAUACGUAACCUUUGACCUGUGACGCGUACUGUAUGCCACCAUCACCACCAACCAAACUUAACCUAACCUAAACCUGAUUUAACUUAAACCUAUCCUAACCCAACCAAAU